UUCAGUGGUUUCACCAUGUUUUACUGUGUUUUACUUAGCGUACGUAUACUCAGUACGAAUGUGAGCUUAACUUUUAAGAAUAAAACAGUGUAAAUAUUACAGCAGCGGCGAUCACGAGGAGAAUAUUCGUAGAACAAGUAACGUGCGACUUAUGCUUCUUAGUUUUUAAGACCGGUUAAGACCGAUUAGUUUAAAGAUCGUGAUUACAUUGAUGGUGAUUCCAUAGCAAAUGAAUAUUUGCAUGCUGCAGUUAUGUGCUUCCAUUGUGAAAACAUAAUUGUUUUAUGGUGAUAAUAUGUCAAAAUCAAACAUAAGGAAGAUAACGGUUGACCCUACGAAAUGUAAUACAGACUCUCGUCGACCAAGUGUGUUUGAGAGGUUGGGGACCAAACCAGCUGUUACUGCCGGCCAAAAUUCGUCAGAUUAUUGUAGAAACUGGGCACUGAACGGCAGCUGUUCGUACGGAAAGAAUUGCAAAUAUGCAAAUACUCACACAUUAAUAAGUCCAUCCAAACGUGCCAAGAAGGAUAAUGCUAUUGCAAGUACAGCUGGUCUCAUUGAGGAUCCAUUUAAAAGGCUCACUUCCAAGAUUGUAAAAAAAGCAUCGCACAGUCCCGAUUUAAAUUUAGAGGAGUGGAAUCAAACAGAUUUGGAAUACGAGGACGAGAAGGUGUUAGAGAGACGUAGACAGUUGUUGCAGCGCGAGUUAGAGCUUCAAAUGAAGAAGGAUAAAGAGGUGCAUGGGAAAGACAGAGUGAGACAGAAGAAAAAGGCUAUGACUUCUUCCUCAAGCUCUCACACCUCCAGCUCGUCCAGCAGUAGUAGUAGUUCGAGCAGCGAAGACUCGUCUUCCAGUUCAACGUCCGAUUCUCGUAAAAAAGUAAAGAAGAUCAAGUCUAAACGGCAUCACAGUGGUUCUACCGAUUAUGACGAAGACAAAGAAAGGAGAAGAAAGUUGAAGUUGAAAAGACUCGGAACGAAAACCGAGAAGCCGUCGGUGAAGAAGAAACGUAAGUUGGAAACUAUUUCUACGAAGAAGGACGCGAAUGUCAGAUCGGCGAAGAAGUACAGUUCAUCUUCUACGUCGCGAAAGCAUUCUUCCACGUCUUGUACGAGAUCGCCGGCGAUACAAGUGUCUACCGCGGUAGCGUCAACGACCGCGACGACAGUAUUGGGUUCUGCCGUGUCCGUGCCUCAUCACGGGACGUCUACUAAAGUCAGAGAGAGGAACAGAAGUGAAUCUCCGAAAGCGUCGAAGAGCAGAGACAUCGAGAAAGAUGACAGACAUUACAAGAAAGUGCGAGAGGUGGAUGAAUUGUCUAAAGACAGUGCUAAGACUAAGACGUUCGAGAAGGUCAAGGAACAGGACAAGGAAAAGAGUCGUGCGAUAAACGAAAAAGCGAAAGUAGAUGAGAGAUUAAAAUCGAAGUGCAAAGACAAAGACAUACGUUCCAGGACACCGCCGCCGUCGGACAGAUCGAAGCAUCAGCACUCGAAAGAAGUGAUUUCGACGAAAACUCAUCGCAGUCGUACGCCUGAGAAAUCGUCGAGGUCCAAGCGAGAACUUACUCCGCCGAAACCGCAAGAUAGGCAAGUUUCUGCGAAUAGAUCUCGCGACACUGAGAAGAAAGAUCGCGAAUCACAUAAAAGUGACAAGACCAAAGACAGAGAGGACGUACGAAAGAAUGAACAAAACAGUAAAUCUAGACAAUUGUCUACUCAGGAAGAGAGCCACAGGCGGAUCGGUAAAGAGUUUGAAGAUAAAGCCUACGUAGGUGACAAAACACGACAGAAGAGCAGAGAACGGCGAGAUAAGGAGCACACGAGGGAUGAACGGGGCCAUUCGAGACUUGCUCGGGAUCAACGAGACGCUCGUGACAAGGAUAAGGAAGAUGUACAGGAUCGUUGUCGCGAACGACAACGGGAGAGGGAUCGCGAACGGGACAGGGAUCGAGAACGAGAUCGCGAUCGAGAAAGGGACCGGGACCGGGAUCGUGACCGCGACCGUGAUCGUGAACGAGACCGUGAACGUGAUCGAGAUCGAGAUCGCGACCGUGACAGAGAGAAGGAAUCAUUAAAAACGAGAGAUAGGGACGUAGCUCCUUUGGUUUCGACGUCUCUGAGUCUGACAACUGAUAAAAAUUCGCGCUAUAGUCGAGAUAAAGAAAGAAUAGUAGCGAAGGACAGUGCGUUCGAGAAGAACGGUACUCGCGAACGUAGAAGCGACAGAGAGAGAGAACGAUCGGAAACGAAAACUCUCUCUGAUAGAGACAGAGCAUCUCAACGCGUUGAAAGCAGAUACGAUAGGGGUACUGUGGAUAAGGAUGCAUCUGCUCGUAAAGCUAAUGUAAAUUCGCCGAGAGAUCGUACCGAUCGUUUCCCUCGUGAAAGAUCUUUGGACAGAGCAUCGUUGCUUGACAAAAGUGUACCGCCAUUAUCGCAGACGCCUGCUUUACCAGUUCAAACUUCUAUAGCUUCGUCUUCAUCUUCGUCUGCACCAGCUACGUUGUCGACGUCGCGAGAUAAUUUGAUCGAUAGAAUAGACGUUGGACAUUACGAUCGGGAGAGGCACAGGCGGUUUGGUACGAGAUACGAUCGAACUCACGCGUCUGAACACGAUCAAUCGCGUGUCACACCGACCAAAGUUGAUCGCCUGGUCGACAGACGGGAAACCAGUCCACGACGGACGAUUGAGAUCGACAGAAAUUAUAAUAGAAAUUACGGACGUUUGUCGGAGCAUUGGGAAGAACCGGAGGAAUCGUCCUCGCAUUUAGAUUAUCGCGAUCAUCAUGUUCACGAAGACGACCGAAGGAAAACCGUCGAUGGAAGAAGGUACGACAGUCCGUUCGAUGAAAGGCGUGGAAUUCGUGAAGAGAGAUCUCGAGAAUCUAGAUACGUCGUUCAAACCGCCGAUAGAACGACGUUCGAUGAUCAUCGUCAUCAUCAUCACCAUCACAGACAUCCGCUUUACUCCGGAGAGAAAUUAAGAAGCAAUCCCGCUAUUCGGGAUGAAAGCGUACCUAACGAUGAAUGGGAUGCUCACCAUCGUGACAUUGAACAUGGCAGGGAUCGAACUUACGGCCCUGUGGAUUGGGAAGAAAGGGAAUGGCGAGUGAGAGCGUUAUGGGAUAGCAGAGACAGCCUUCCUCGAUCGGAAGUACACGACGACGACUGGAAUUCCCGAUACGAUAAUUCCGUGUCCGAUUGGAAAUCGAAUGAACCCAGAAAGUGGGAUAAUCAAUCGGUACAUAUUCGAGGUCAUUACAGGAACGAUCGAUCCAAGGAAAUGGAGAUAACAGAAUCGACGCCGCAUAACAAGAGGCGACCUUAUAACAGUUCCGAAAGUAGAGAUGAAUGUACGGUUCAUACUUCCAAACAGGCAUCCUUGUACGGUAGCAUGAAGGAGGAACCUAUUAAUAAAAAGUUGAUGGAGCUUGCAGAAGGUAAGCUACCAUCGACUCGAGAGAAGUCUACAGAUAUGUUUCAGAAGAAACCUCCACCUAAGGAAAAAUCCGAAACGAAAGAAAUCGUUUCCUCUGAAUCGAAGCGUUCCUGCAUCGAUGAAUCUCUGCAAACGCUUCAUACCGAAAGCGAUCUCAGUGAUAUUAGCGAUGAUCCAGACGAUAUAUUGAACAUGGAAGAUACCACGGAUGCGGACACAAAUAAAACACGCGCAACUAAGAAAAGCCCUGAUAUCACGCAACGGGAUGGUCAAGCCACGAGUCAGGAGGCAGAUUCUUCAUCUCCAAAAGAAGCUAUAGAAGAAACCGUUUUCAACGCAAAAGGAAAAGACAAUACCGAUGCAAUGUCGUUCAGGAAUAUGGAAGACGAAAAUAUGGAGACUAUGGAUUUCGAAGAGAUUUCCGACGGUGAAUUGGAAGAGGAUAUAAAGACUAGUGGGAAGGGUUUGGGCGAUGCUCUGGGUGUCGAUUGGGAGAGUCUCGUUAAAGAGACGCAGCCUCGUAAAUCAAUGUCGUGCAAUCAGAAUUCGGAGAAUCGCUGGCAGUGCAAAGCGAUUCUACAAAGGAUCGGUGUAUCCGCGAAGUACGCCGGCGAGGAUCUGGUAAAAAAGUUAUCGAAGAAAUACGAGACCGAAGAUCGUUCGGAAUUAUUCCUUCAUAACGUUGCAUUUAUGCACACGGCACUCGCUCGAGAUCGUUUGCUACGUGACUUAAACAAUGACAUGUUACCUGUGGUAGAUGACUUUCUAUACAGGAAUAAUAAUAAUGUACAUAUUGACGAAGACGUGGACUACGAUAUAGAAGUCUUAAAGCCUUGUACAGCUUUGUAUGAAGAAGCGAAGUGUUUAUUACAGCAGGUCGUAUGAAAAUGAUGCUUUUACCUAUAGGAUAUGACAUUCUAGAUGUACACGAGAGUGUAAGUGCAUCUACUCAUUACUUCCUAGUCUGGUUUUAGCUACAAUUUAGCUAGUACUUAGCUAUCAGUGGCGCAAUGUAAAAAGGAAUUUUCCUAAAAAUUCCUAAAGGUUUUUAACUUGCCAUGACUAAACGUCUUUUUGUAUAUUGUUCAAUCCUGAUGUAUUACUGCAAAAUGAAAUGUAGUAUCCGAGAGAAAUAUAAUAAUUUAAUAC